AUGCUGAACUCACUGCACAUACAGGAAAAGGGAAACAAGUCGGUAGUGAAGGGACUGAAACUAGCGAGCACUCAACAAAAGUUCAACUGUCCAGAUAGUCCGCAGAAUGCUUUGUGUAACGCUUUGUAUGAAAAGAAUGCUUUGUAUAACGAAUUGGCAAAAGGAGGGAACUUCACAUUAGCUGCAAACGCCAACUUCUACAGUCUCUCGACUUCUUCAAUAGCGUCGGCCGUUCACAUUCCAACUCCCCUCUAUGACAGAAAUCCCGAGCUCCUGCGGAAGAUUGAAUGGUCGCAAAUCGACGAAGUCUACCGAACGCAUCGCGAAGAGACGCGCGAUCUGGCGUUUCAGCUGUUCUGCUCUGAAAGCGGCUACAUGCGCUUCUUCCCAGCUGCCUCCUGGUUCUGGGAUAAUCACAUAGAACACCUUGAUCUAUUUGAUUGUCGCAAUACACAAUGGUACAUUAAUGCGGCCACCAAUUCGAAGAAUGUGAUAAUCAUGUUGGAUAUGUCGGGUUCAAUGCUGGGACAACGCUACGAAAUUGCCAAACAGACUACGGAAGCUAUCCUCGAGACUCUCAGCCAUAAUGACUACUUCAAUAUCAUGCCGUUCUCGAAGACAUCGUACUUUCUUGAUGACUGCAACGGGAAGAACGGCCUUUUACAGGCGACGAUGCGGAAUAAGAAGCUUCCUGGCCACUACGAGCUCCAUACUCGUGAGGAGAUGGCAUUGAUGGAGCCAAACUCUACCGAAGAUCGGAUUCAUUGUCGUGUUAUCCCUGAACACGUGCUAUCAGCCGAUCCUGAAUAUAUUGAGGCAGUAAGUGGUGGUAGUGACAUCAAAGUUGCACGAUAG